AUGACUGCCGAGCAGUAUGAAAAGAACUUUGAGCAUUCAUCCUACACCCCAAUAGAGAACAAGGGCGUGGACGAGUUCUUUAAAGAACAAAAAAAAAUUCACCGCGAGGCCUGCAACAAUCUUUGCCAAUAUCAAAUCGAAGUUCACCAGCUUCUCGAAUUGCAGAAAUUAAAUAGAGCCCCUUUGGAGUCGACAAAAAAAGAACGGGCCGAAUAUUCGAAAACAGAGCUCGAAGUGCGCAUAGCAAAAGCCAAAAAGAAUAUUGAAGACAUUUCAAAGCUGGUAUUUUUAACCAAGCUGGUAAUUGAAUGGUGCCAGGAAUGGAUUGAAAAUCGUCAAGGUAGAUCUUACAAGUCACCGGAACACAUGUAUAGCCAGUUGCCUAAAACGUAUAAGGAAGUUGUUGACUAUUUUGUCCUGGAAUGUGUCAAAUUCUAUAAAGAGGACGCAAUUCAAAACUUAGCCUCAAUUUCCAAAAGACGCCAGUCUGCCAUGCACAAAUAAAGUGCCUGAAUUCAUUUGAUAUUUAAUGUUUAUUGUUUCCCAUAUGAUAGGUACACCGUAGAGAACACAUUUUCCCGUAAAAUCUGCUCCUUCUUUUUAUAUAGACGCGGCUGAUUUCAGGAUGGAAGUAAGUAUAGCCGGUAUUGUGGAUAUGUUUGAAGUUCAAAAUUGAACACUUACUGCACUAUUUAGAUUUUUGUUUGUGAACGGCUGCAUAGACGAAAAAUCUUGAAGAUUUCUUUUGUAGUACGAGUCGUCGGAAAUCAAGAAUGUUAUUGUUGGUUUAAAAGUGUGCGGGUUUGGGCUCGAUUUGAGCCGAUUAUUUUUUGUUAUC